AUGGCCGGCGCAAAACUACUGGUCUUGCUUGUCCUACCCUGUCUGUUAUUUUCGACGAGCGGUGCGGAAGACAUAUCUCCCAAGAAAGAAAAAAACACAUUGAAGGCUUUUAAGAGACAGGGCAGAGCCGAUCUCCUCAAAGCUGAGCGGAACGGGGAAGACGGAGCUUUUAAACUUUCCUUUACUGGAAACAUGACAGGCCCUACAACAGGUACACAAUUCCUCUUCAAAACUUACUGGAAUGUUUCUUCCGGUUAUUUUACCAUUCACCCCGCUGAUUGGCCAGAGUAUUUACUGGCUGUUGAUGGACGAAAGUUGGUCGUAAAGAAACCACACAAUUCUACGACGGAACUGACGGAAAAAAACUAUAAGUUUUCGCUGACGGAAUUCCACUGGACAUAUACUGAUAAUGAAAAUAACAAAGAGGUGGAACGUGUCCUAACAGUAAUAGUCUCCAAAGCCAGUGGCCUCGCGAUUAAAAGUGCAAGGGAUGGUCGCGUCCUUUUGAGCUCUAACUGGAUGGACUGUGGAGCAUGGCUCUCUCUUUCAAAGGUCAAUGAUUAAUUAUUCCACUGGGAAUUCUUUGAAGGACAUUGUCCGAUUGGUAAAAUAAUUUAUCUGUAUGUAUAUAGUUUUACGUUCAUUCACUUGGCUGACUCCAGGCGAAUUUAUUUUAUAAAAGUAAUUGUGUGUUUUGAGUUCGUAAAACAUAACAGUAGGUAAGUUCUCACAGAGCACUUUUACAUCGAGUAUCGUGAGUCACGAAGGAAAUCAAAAAACAGGAUUGAAUCAAAAGGAGAAAACGAGAACUCGUCGACUUUGAUAGAAAUAAAACCUAUUAAGCAAGGAGUGUGAAGAAACGCGACUGACCACGUGACGAUUGGUAUCAGUUUCGCAUUUGAUUGGUUGAGAGAGUAGCGCGAGCCUGGUGAAGAGAGACAAAAGCGAUAUACUUAUAUAAGAUUUAUUCUGUUGAACUUAAAAUCGCACUUCAUAGUUAUAUUUAAUACAUUUACUACGCUAUGAUAUGUUACAUAUCAAGAAAAAAAGAAGGAAAAGAUGAAGAAGUUAAAUUAACAUAAAAGAGAGUCAGAUGUAUAGUAAAUAACAAUUAUUUACAAGAUCCGGUUAGGAUAGGGCUUGACGAAAUCGUCUUACAAGUGAAAUGCAUCGUAUACUAUGUAUUUGAGAUGAUUAAUAUAAUCAUGUUGUGCAUGCUAUCGACAUUGAUUGAAUUUUGAUAUUUAUGAUGUAUAAUGAAUACUUAUAUUCCUUGUAUGAUUGACUCAGGUGAGUCAAUACUGUGUUUAUUUAAAGCACAAAUUAUUUAAAUAAAGCAACCUUAGUUUUUA